AUGAAUAACUGUUCGUUAAAUAUUAUUGAAUAUAGUCAACUUGUUUCAGUACAAAAACGUCAUACAAAUACAUAUACAUUUGUAUUAUUGAAUGCUCGUAUUUGUCAUCUUUUAACAGUUUCACAAUGUGAAAUUUUAUAUGCACCAUCAUUAUUAAAUAUUAAUAAUAUUUCAACAACAAUUGAUCCAUUAGAUAGUUUUUUUCGUCGUUAUAUUGAAACAAUGAAUCAUAAUGAAUGUGAAAAAUAUUCAAAUGAAGUACGACGAAAAUUUAUUUUAUUUAUUAUUGGAAUUAUUUUAUCUGUUCUUGUUAUUCUAUUAAAUACAAUUGUAACAUUAACUAUAUUAAAUUCAACAAAAUUACGUUCAUUAAUAACAAAUAUCUUUUUAUUAAAUUUAUCUAUAGCUGAUUUUUUAAGUGGUUGUUCAUUUCUUUAUCCAUGUGUUAUGAAUAUUCUUGUUGAAUAUGCUGUUGUUAAUUAUAAUUCUAUAUUAUUCACACGUUUAAAUUUAAUACGAAAUAAUUAUUAUAUUUGUUUAAUAGCAUAUGCUUUUAUUAUGUCUGGUAUGUUAAUGUCUGUAUCAAUUUUAUUAUCAAUAUCAAUUGAUAAAUAUAUUUAUAUAUUUAAACCAUAUUCAUAUCAAAAAACCAUAACAAAACGUCGUUGUUUAUUAUGGAUAUCAAGUUUAUGGUUAAUUUCAAUUUUUAUCGGUCUUUUACCAUUACUUGGUUGGAAUAAAAUGAAACGUUGUUCAUCAUCAAAACAAGGUUUAUGUUCAAGUAAUACUUGUCUUAUUGAUCGAGUAUUUACAACAAGUUAUUGUUCUUUAUUUGCAACAAUAAGUCUACUUGCUGCUAUUGUCAUAUUAUAUGUAUAUGUUCGAAUAUUUUUUAUUGCAAGAGAUCAUUUAAUGAGAAUUGAACGUUUAAGAUCUGAAUGUUCAUCAUAUGAACAACCAUCAACACCAGCAACAACAAUUACAUUACUUACACCAAAUAAAAUAAGUGAUGAAAAAGAUUUACAACGAUGUUUUUCAUUAUCAUGUUCAAUUAUACAACGUUCCCAGGAUGGUCGAGAACGAACAGGUCUUUUUCGUGUAAAUAUUCGUCGUAGUUUACGUGCACUUCGUACAUUACUUGUACUUCUCGUUGGAUUUUAUCUUUGUUGGUUACCUUUAUUAAUCUAUUUAUUAAGUCAUACAUGGAUGGAUUUUAAAAAUAAUUUAAUUAUUCAUGUACUUAUACUUAUAGCUAAUGUUAAUUCAUUAGUUAAUCCAAUUGUUUAUGCAUAUCGUUCAAAACAAUUUCGUAUUGAAUUAUGGAAUGGAACAAUUGGAAAAUGUUGUAUUAAUCAUCAAUAUCGUCCUCAUCCAUCACCAGCAGCAACAGUUGCUGCUGCUAUAGCAUGUAAAAGAGUUCAUCUUUUACCAUCGAUUAAAUCGGCUAUUUGA